AUGUCUGGCGUCAGUUUAAACUAUCAUACUUCUUUAUCAGUUGAUCAGUCAUCAAUAUAUCAUUCUCAACAUAAUCAUUCACCACAACAAUAUUAUUAUCAAUCAAUUCAACAACAACAACAACCAUCUCAUUUUUAUCCAUAUCAAUCUUCAUUAUCAUUAACAAAUACAUCUUCAAAUUCUAAUGAUCAUCAACAAAAAUCUACUAAACGUUCACUUCCAUUAUCAAGAGAUGAUUCAAUUAAAAAAAAAUUUGAAUGGAAUGAACUUGAAGUAACUGGUAAUGUUAGAAAUUUAUCACCAACAUUAUGGACAUUAUCACAGUUAACUGUUUUAUAUUUGAAUGACAAUCAAUUAACACGAUUACCAUCUGAAAUAGCUUGUUUAGCUAAUCUAGUCACACUCGAUCUAUCAAAUAAUAAAUUGAGAAAUCUUCCGUCAGAAAUCGGUGAUCUAAUUACAUUGCGUGAAUUAAAUUUAACAAAUAAUUCUAUUCGAAAUUUACCUUAUGAAAUAGGUAAAUUAUUUCGUUUACAAAGUUUAGGACUAUUGGGAAAUCCAUUACCAAAUGAAAUUUUUGCAAUUUAUACUGAAUCAAAUGGUUUACAAAAAUUAUUAGCUUAUUUUCUUGAUAAUUUUUCGACAUCUCUCAAUGACAAUCACCAUAUACAAAAUAGAAGUUAA